AUCAGAGCUGCUGGAAGCAGGUAAAGGAGGCUGGGCAGGAAUGUCUUGGGAAUGGGAGUGCCUGGAGCGGGGUGCUGAGACGGGGAGGGCUAUGACCCUGUUCGGGCUGAAGUCUAGGUCUGAGGAAGGGAUCUCUGAGUAGGUGGCCCAAUACAGACCUAAGCCAUUUCCCUUCCCAAGACCCCAGUGGAUCCAGCCUCCCUAAGCCUGCUGACAACCUCCUGGCCCAAGACCUCACCUGGGAGCUGCUAGCCAGUGGCAUGGCUGCCCUGCCAGGGACUCGGGAUGUAGACGGUCGGGCAGUGCUGCUUCUGUGUGCCCAUAGCCCGGCUUGGCUUCACCCCAAGUGCAGCAGCCAUGAAUUGAUCCGCCUUCUGCUCUACCUGCGAAGCAUCCUCAGGUCUGAAGUACAGGCCUUGGGACUGACUGUGCUAGUGGACGCCCGAAUUUGUCCCCCAAACUCUUCUCUCUUCUGGGGGCUCAGCCAGUUGCAAGAAAUAGCCCCAGGAUCAGUGCACCAGGUGCUGCUAGUGGGAAAAAUGCCUGAGGAGGUACACUCAAGGCUGCAGUUAGAACAGUUGCCCUCUCAUCAGAGCGUGCUGACCCACAUCUCCACCUCAGUAUUACCCGCUUCGUUGGGAGGAGGCCUGCCUUACUGCCACCAGGCCUGGUUGGACUUCCGGAUGCGUCUGGAAGCCCUGCAACAGAGCUGCCAGGUGGUUUGUGCCCUGCUCCAGGGGGCCAUUGAGAGCAUGAAGGCUGUGCCCCAGCCCAUGGAGUCUGGGGAAGUCAGUCGGCUGCUACGGCAGGCACGGGUUCUUAUGCAACAUGUGCUAGACUCUCCACGGCUGGCAUGGCUACAAGGCCAGGGGGCCUUGGAGCUGGCAUGGCUGAAACAGAAGGGCCCAGAGGUGACCCAGAGCCCAGAUUACAGGCCUGCGGUGGACAAGGUUGAUGAGCUAUAUGGCCGUGUGGAUGGUCUGCUGCACCAACUGACCCUGCAGUGUAACCAGCGAAUACAGGCACUGGAGUUGGUCCAGACGCUGGAGGCCCAGGAGGGCGGGCUGCACCAGAUUGAAGUGUGGCUACAGCAGGUGGGCUGGCCAGCACUGGAGGAACCAAGGGAGCUCUCACUGGACAUUCUGCUCCAGGCCCAAGGCCCUUUUCGGGAGCUGGACCGGAUUGCCCAGGAGCAGCUUAGGCAAGGAGAGAAAUUUCUGCAGCCCCUGGCUGGCUGGGAGGCAGUUGAACUGGGCCCCCAUGGGGCCCGCUUUCUGGCCCUGCAAGCCCAGCUGACUAAAUUCUCUAGGGCUUUGGCCCAGCGGCGGCAGCGGCUGACAGAUGCCGAGAUGCUGUUGCGGCUCUUCAAGCAGGCCUCGACAUGGGCUGAGGAGGGGCAGCGGGUUUUGGCAGAGCUGGAGCAGGAGCGCCCAGCAGUCGUGCUGCAACGGCUGCAGCUGCACUGGACCAAGCACCCUGACUUGCCUCCUGCUCACUUCAGAAAAAUGUGGGCUUUGGCCACGGGGCUGGGUUCCGAAGGCAUCCGCCAGGAGUGCCGCUGUGCCUGGGCGCAAUGCCAGGACACCUGGCUGGCGCUGGACCAGAAGCUAGAGGCUACACUGAAGCCACCACCAACUGGCAGCACAGCUAGCCUGUGUGUCAGCCAGGUCCCAGCUGCACCUGCCACCCCUCCCCUGAGAAAGGCCUACAGCCUUGAUCGGAAUCUGGGGCAGAGUCUCAGAGAGCCUGCCCACCAUGGCCACCAUGCGGCCAUUAUGCCUGCCUGCCACGGACCAGAAGCUGGAUAUGGUGCUCUGCCAGAGUCCUCCCCAGCCUUGCCUCCACCAGGCAGCUCUGACCCUAGGAGCCUCAACAGGCUCCAGCUGGUGCUGGCAGAGAUGGUGGCAACAGAACGGGAGUAUGUCCGUGCCCUUGACUAUACCAUGGAGAACUACUUCCCUGAGCUGGAUCGCCCUGAUGUGCCUCAGGGCCUCCGUGGCCAGCGCGCCCACCUCUUUGGCAACCUGGAGAAGCUGCGAGACUUCCACUACCAUUUCUUCCUGCGUGAGCUGGAGGCUUGCACGCGACACCCACCUCGGGUGGCCUAUGCCUUCCUACGCCAUAGGGUGCAAUUUGGGAUGUAUGCGCUGUACAGCAAGAAUAAACCUCGCUCCGACGCCCUGAUGACCAGCUAUGGUCACGCCUUCUUCAAGGACAAACAGCAGGUGCUGGGGGACCACCUGGACUUGGCCUCCUACCUGCUGAAGCCUAUCCAGCGCAUGAGCAAGUACGCACUGCUGCUGCAGGAGCUGGCGCGGGCCUGCGGGGGGCCCAUGCAGGAGCUGAGUGCCCUGCGGGCUGCCCAGAGCCUUGUGCGCUUCCAGCUGCGACACGGCAAUGACCUGCUGGCCAUGGAUGCCAUCCAGGGCUGUGACGUUAAUCUCAAGGAACAGGGGCAGCUGGUACGACAAGAUGAGUUCACAGUACGCACCGGGCGCCACAAGUCCCUGCGCCGUGUUUUCCUCUUUGAGGAGCUGCUGCUUUUCAGCAAGCCUCGCAGAGGACCCACAGGCAUCGACACAUUUGCCUACAAGCGCUCCUUCAAGAUGGCAGACCUUGGCCUCACUGAGUGCUGUGAGGAUAACAACCUGCGCUUUGAGAUCUGGUUCCGCCGUCGCAAGGCCAGGGAUACCUUUGUGCUGCAGGCCGCCAGCUUGGCCACCAAGCAGGCUUGGACGGCUGACAUCUCCCGCCUGCUCUGGAAGCAGGCUGUCCACAACAAGGAGGUGCGCAUGGCUGAGAUGGUGUCCAUGGGUGUGGGGAACAAAACCUUCCGGGACAUCGCCCCCAAUGAGGAAGCUAUCAAUGACCGCACCAUCAACUACGUUUUAAAGUGCCGAGAUGUUCGCUCUCGGGCCUCCAUUGCUGUGGUUCCGUUUGACUAUGACAGCCCCUACCUGGGAGCCUCAAGCUCCCUUCCUGCAGACCCUGCCUCUCACUCUGUACUGGGGUCCCUCAACCUGCACCUGUACAGAGAUCCAGCUCUUCUGGGUCUCCGCUGGCCCUUGUAUUCUACCAGUUUACCAGAGGAAGCAGCACUGGAGGCUGAAAUGGAGCUGGGCAGCCAGCCAUCUUUAACUCCUGAGGACUCAGAAGUCUCAUCCCAGUGCCCAUCAGCCAGUGGCUCCAGCGGAUCUGACAGCAGCUUUGUGUCAGGGCAGGCCCUGGGCAGGGGCCUUGAGGACUUGUCCUAUGUCUGAGCCCAGGCUCGAAGGCGAGCAGCUUGUAGCUCCAAGGAACAUCACCUCUCUCUGGAUCUACUAUGACAAAGGCAUGGCUAGCACCUGGCCUACUUCCAGCCUAUACACACUGCUCUAUCGACUACCCUUUCCAUGUAUAUGCCCAUUGGACAGGCCAGCAGGGGCCUCUCAAGGGGAGUCUGCUGCAGAGGCUGAAUGAACACCCUAAUCCUGGGCUCCUGGCCUGGUGUCCCCUUCUUCUGUCCCCUCUCUGGCUCCCACUCCAUUCAUAGGUUAAGAUUAGGCUAGAGCAGAGGGUGGGUGUUCUCACGUUCUAGGGUGGUGGGGCACCAAGUGGCUCCAAACAGUGACUGCACCGCCCCACC